ACUCGAAUCAGGUAAACAUUUUAGCGCAUAUGAUAUCCAAACACGUGAGUUUUGAAUUCCUACGAAAAUUCGUACGUUUUAGCUGACGAUCACUGCCAAUUCACCUGGAGAACGACUUAUUUAACCAAAAAAAUCUCUUCAAGACUGUUAUUUAAUCGAAAACCUUAAGACUAAAAUGACUGAUACAGUUCGUCGUGCACUGGGAAUAGACCAGGUGGACCUUCGAGGAAGAAUGGUGAUGAUUGAGGAGCAGCACGGUAGCGAUGCAAAUUUCCUGGUGAACACACUCCUGUCACAUGCCCUGGAGAAGGGCCAGGGCAUUUGUCUGGUGCUCUUCCACAACACGUUCGGUCAUUAUCACAACGUUGGCAUGAAAUUGGGGUACAAUUUGAAUGUCCUCAGGGAGAGAGGUGAGGUGACAGUGCUGGAGCCCAUGAAGACAUUUCUCCAGAACAUCGAGGAAUUAGGUCAUGAUGCUGUGGACGCCUCGACUCCAGAGUUGUCUGAGGACUUCAGGAAAAUAUUGAAAGACAAUGUCAUACCAGAUGCCACGAAGUUGGAUGUACAUUUGGUUCGUCAUCUUUUUGUGGCACUCAAGACCAAGUACUUGGAGGCUGCCAAGGUUCGUGAGUCUGUCACAGUGAUUAUCGAUGAUCUCAGUCAUCUGUUCGAUUUUAAUUUGAGUCUCACUGAUGUCUGGACGUACGUCAGGUAUCUCAGGUCACUCAUGCAAUUCCAACCAAAAAUGUCUGUCUGCAUUAUGACACAUACGUACAGAACCAACGCAGACUCUUGUCAGCCUGAUAUUAUUGUCAUUGGACUCAGGCGUAUGGCACAUCUCAAUGUCAUGGUUGAACCCCUCAGCACUGGACAUGCCAAUGACAUCUCGGGAAAGCUCACUGUUAUCUGGACGGUUGCCUCUAUUAGAAAAAAAUAUCACUGGCCAGAGAGGAUGACUUAUCUUUAUAAACUUAUGGAUCGACAAAUCAAAGUGUUCACUCCUGGGGCCAAGGAGGCAUUAUCCUAAUUGUUUAUUUGUAUUCAUUAUUUUUCAAUUAUUUGUCUUUGUUAAUUAUCAUUAAAUCAAUUUUUUAA